GAGGAGACAGGGGAGUGGCGGACUAGAAAGGGAACCGCCCUGGGCGAGCCUGAUAUUAGGGGCGCCUCCCAUCCGCGCAGUGAAGAGCCAUGGCGGAGCCCCCCAUCGAAGAUGAGGGUGAGGAAGCUGCUCAGGGCCAAGGGAAGCAGGAGCCAUCUCACCAGGCAGCUGUGGCCGCCAAGAACCUGGCCAUCUUGAAGGCCCGCUCCUUUGACAUCACCUUUGAGGUGGGGGACGAGUACGAGGUCAUUGAGACGAUCGGCACAGGAGCCUAUGGUGUCGUGAGCUCGGCACGCCGCAAGGAUACAGGCCAGCAGAUGGCAAUCAAGAAAAUUCCCAAUGCCUUUGAUGUGGUGAUGAACGCUAAGCGCACCUUGCGUGAGCUGAAGAUCCUCAAGCAUUUCAAGCACGACAACAUCAUCGCCAUCAAGGACAUCCUGAAGCCCUCUGUGCCUUAUGCCGAGUUCAGAUCUGUGUACGUUGUGCUGGACCUGAUGGAGAGCGACCUGCACCAGAUCAUCCACUCCUCCCAGCCUCUCACCCUGGAGCACGUGCGCUACUUCCUGUACCAGCUCCUGCGGGGCCUCAAGUACAUCCACUCGGCCAACGUCAUCCACCGGGACCUCAAGCCCAGCAACCUGCUGAUCAACGAGAACUGCGAGCUGAAGAUCGGGGACUUCGGCAUGGCCCGGGGCCUCUGCACCAAGCCUGACGAGUACAAGUACUUCAUGACGGAGUACGUGGCCACCCGCUGGUACCGCGCCCCCGAGCUGAUGCUCUCCCUGCACGAGUACACACAGGCCAUCGACAUGUGGUCGGUGGGUUGCAUUUUUGCGGAGAUGCUGGGGCGCAAGCAGCUCUUCCCCGGGAAGAAUUACAUCCACCAACUGCAGCUGAUCAUCACUGUCUUGGGGACCCCUCCGGCGAAAGUGGUCCACUCCAUCGGGGCAGACCGAGUGCGGGCUUACGUCCAGAGCCUGCCGUCGCGCCAGCCGGUGCCCUGGGAGAGCCUCUACCAGCACGCCGACCGGAAGGCCUUGUCCUUGCUCUCCAAGAUGUUGCGCUUCGACCCCCGCGAGCGCAUCUCGGUGGUGGAGGCGCUGAACCACCCCUUCCUGGCCAAGUAUCACGACCCUGACGACGAGCCGGACUGCGUGCCAGCCUUCGACUUUGAUUUUGACAAGCAGGUGCUGACCAAGGAGCAGAUCAAGGAGGCCAUCGUGGCAGAAAUCAACGACUUCCACGACCGCCGGGAGGGCAUCCGGCGCCAGAUCAGCUUCAAGCCAGCGCUACGGCCGGCUGUCAUCGGGAGCUGUGUGACUGCCUCCGACCAAGGCCUGCUGCUUUGCUGCCAGGAUGUUGACAUGCCCAGCGCCGGCUCGCCCAGGCCCAGAGAUGGGGACUACGCUAUGGCGUCUCCUACCCCCUACCCGCUCCCGGAGACCAUCGACCUCACUUCUCCCCUCAUGACUGCUAAUGUUUCCCAGCCUGAGGUGAAGGCCGAAGCAGAGCCUCCUGCUGCCCCACCAAAACGCGAGGGAGCCAUUUCGGAUGACACCAAGGCUGCCCUCAAGGCUGUCAUCUUGAAGUCGGCCCUCCGGAAUAAGAACAAAGAUACCCCAUCCUCCAUCCCAGAGACGCCUGAUAUCCGGAGGCCGGUGACGGCGAAGGAGCGCCAGCGUGAACGUGAGGAAAAACGCAAGCGCCGUCAGGAGAGGGCCAAGGAACGUGAGAAGCAGAAGAAAGAAAAGGAGAAGGAACGCAAGGACAUGUUGACAGAGAAUGACCGGAACCUUCUGGAGAGGUGGACCAAGAUGGUCGACCGGACCCAGAACAAGCCUGCCCAGAAUGGAUCUGCAGUCCUUCCUCAGGCAACCACUCCCAGCCAUAUCCUGCCUCAGGCUCCCCCUGCCAACCCUUUGCCACCUCAGGUGCCUCCUGCAAGCCAUAUCCCACCCACCUCUUCCGCCAACGUUUCUGCGCCCACUGAUUUCCUCACCUUCUCAGACAAGGUGGUGCCUGCCUUGAGACCCAAGCUCACUUUGGUUCCUGUGGGUGCAGAACUAGCCCCGGUUCAAGGCGCGAAUGCCAACGUGGUACACUUUUUCCCAGCCCAGACUGCCCCAUUCCUGGUCACCGCCCCAGCCUGCCAAAAGGUAGCUCCAUCCAAACCGGAGUGCCUGCUAAGCGUCAAAUAUGGACCCGGCCAGAUAUUUCAAGCUUCGUAUGGGGUGACAGCCCUCAGCGCCUGGAGCGCCGUUCCUCAGCCUGAAAACUGGGCUGUGGCCGGGCAGCUGCCAGCGAAUCAGCCAGAAAUAGCGUCCCCUAAUGACGUCUUGCCAGAACAGACUGUGACUUACGGAGCGAGAGGUGGUGUGGAGGAGGCCAUGUUCCUGACAGAGGUGGGCAAAGCUGAGGUGUCGUCUCAGGGUUUAGUUGUGGAAGAAACCCGAGGGCCUGACCGGCAACAAAUUGCCUCCGGGCUCUCUCCAGAGACCACUGUGCCUUCGGAGCCCCCAGAUAUCAAUAUGGUGACUCAGCAACUCUCAAAAUCCCAGGUGGAAGACCUCCUGCCUCCCGUCUUCUCUGGCACCCCUAAAGGCAGUGGUGCUGGCUACGGAGUUGGGUUCGACCUGGAAGAGUUUCUCAAUCAGUCAUUCGACAUGGUCGGGGAAAACAGGGAGAGCCAAGGCGACUCUGCCCCGCUCUCGGCCUCCCUUCUCGCCGACUGGCUGGAAGUCCAUCGCAUGAACCCGGCUGACAUGGAGUCCCUCCAGCAGGAACUGCAGCUGGGCUCUCCCAUGAUCCUCUCUGACAUUCCGGACCUGCAGGACGCUUGAAAAACUGAGCUCUCAUCAUCUGCCUUCUCUCUCUCAUUUCAUUGGCUGCAAAAAAAGAGGCCACACCCACUUGUGUUUUUACUGGAUGGUCUGUCUGUCAGCCUUCCCUAUCUACUCUGGCUGGGAACCUCACCACAGUGCCUGUUUUUUUUCUUCUUGUUGCUAAAAGGAAAAUCCAGGUCAGGCUUGGUGGUUGUUUUGGGCCGGAGGCCUAUAAUGAAAGGUUUGAGAUGGCCUCACGAAAACUAGAUCCCUGUGUUGUGGGAGACAGAAUCCAUGCUGCUCACUUGUGACCUCUGCCACGACACUAAGGGGCUUCCCUCUUGCUGUGUCCAGCCCGCUCUUUCCUGACCCUUCACUGUGUUUCCUUACCGUGUGGCCUAAAGCAUGAAUAUUAGCUGGAUGUGGAAAACAGCAUCCGUUGUCUUGAUCCU